AUGCCUGACCUAUCGAAGGAAACCGAGCUUCAGCAUCAGCCUGUCGCUACCGAAGACGAGAAGAGCAUUCCUGCUGAAGCGGGACCCACUGAACUGUCGUCAACCCAGAAGCGAUGGCGACCAUGGCAAGCAGUCGGUGCCUGCUUGAUAUACUUCAACAGUUGGGGCCUCACAAUGAGCUUGGGCGUCUACCAGGCCUUUUACACAACGACACUUAUUCCUCACGAGUCUCAGGCCAGAAUCGGCUGGAUAAGCGCAAUGGCUUUCGCCAUGAGCUUCUUUGGGGCUGUCAUCGCAGGACCCCUUGUCGAUGCAGGACACCUGAAGCCUGUCUUGACAGCCGGCGUGGUCCUGACAUGCUUCGGACUGAUGAUGACAAGCCUGUGUCAACAUGAAUACUAUCAGCUUCUGCUCGCCCAGGGAGUCGUCAUGGGCUUCGGAUGCGGUCUACUUUUGCUGCCGAGCAUGAGCAUCCCCGUUGUCUGGUUUCCCACUCCCAAAGGAAUGGCAAUCGUAUUCACGCUGACCGGAGUUGCAACGAGUAUCGGUGGUAUCAUCUAUUCAGCCAUGUUUCACUACAUCGAGCAUGACUCUGGCUGGCGAUGGGCAGUACGUGCAACCGGAUUCGUCAGUCUUGGAACGUCUACUGCUGGAGCCAUGAUGCUGCAGUACAAGGAGGCCCCUGCCCAGCGGCGUAAGUUCUUCAACCUAUCGAUGUGGAAUGAGCCAGGCUUCAAAGGGGUGCUCCUUGCCGCGUUCUUUGCUUGGGGCUGGGCGUUCACACCCAUAAAUUGGCUCGAAGGCUACUAUCUCCACGAGCAGCGCAUACGGCAUUCCGAUGUACAAUUCUGGCUCGUCCCGAUUGCUUUCGCAGGCGGCAUUCCAGGGCGCAUAGUCCUGAAUGGCCUUGCCGUCAAGUUCGGAGGUUUCAACACGUGGGCUUUAACAGUCGCCGCCUGCGGGAUACUCAACUUCUGCUGGAUGGCUGUUCACACCCAAGCUGCCGUAAUUGCCUUCGCCUUCUUCUACGGUUUCGUUGUACUUGGGUUCUCUGCGGUCACAACGCUGGCGAUCAUGUCCCUAGCUCCCGACAGGAUAGACGUCGGCACUCGACUCAGCAUGGCUAUGUUGGCCGCCGGCUUGGGGUUGCUCGCUGGCUUCCCUUUAGCUGGUCAAAUCUUGUGGUCUACAGAAUCGUUCACCGGUAUGCAAGCAUUCACGGGUGCAAUCAUGCUUUUGACAUUCGCCAUAGCGAUGUGUGUCCGGCACGUCCACGCUGGCUUCACGCUGAAGGUGAUCUGA